GCCGCGCAGGUGCUGAGGCCCGGGCACUGGCAGCCCUCCCGGGAGACGAGCCGGGCAGGCGGUGGCCCUGGCCGGGUGCAGCGGGGCGCUGGAAGGGGGCGGGACUCUUUGACGCAGCGGAGGGGUCGGGCGGCGUUCGGCGCGCCGCCAUCUUUGGUCCACUGCGGCGGCAGCGGCGGCGACUGCUGUGGUGAAGGAAGAGGAGGAGCCGAGCGGGCGCUGGCACCUAGGCCUGACCAUGGACGAGGAAUACGAUGUGAUCGUGCUGGGGACCGGCCUCACCUCUGGGCCCAGACGCCCCUCCCGUGGACAUGACGGCGAAGGCUCAGGGUCAGGGCUCCUGAUGUUUGAAGAAAGAGCAGCCCAGGGUGGGGCCUGCGAUUUCAAGGACUGUGGAAUGCAUCCUGUCAGGCAUCAUGUCUGUGAACGGGAAGAAGGUGUUGCACAUGGACCGGAACCCCUACUAUGGGGGCGAGAGCUCCUCCAUCACACCCCUGGAGGAGCUAUAUAAGCGUUUUCAGUUGCUGGAGGGCCCCCCUGAGUCGAUGGGCCGGGGCCGAGACUGGAACGUUGACCUGAUCCCCAAAUUCCUCAUGGCCAACGGGCAGCUGGUAAAGAUGCUACUGUAUACAGAGGUGACUCGCUACCUGGACUUCAAGGUGGUAGAGGGCAGCUUUGUCUACAAGGGGGGCAAGAUCUACAAAGUGCCAUCCACUGAGACCGAGGCCUUGGCUUCCAAUCUGAUGGGCAUGUUUGAGAAACGGCGCUUCCGCAAGUUCCUGGUGUUUGUGGCAAACUUCGAUGAGAACGACCCCAAGACCUUCGAGGGGGUCGACCCCCAGACUACCAGCAUGCGUGAUGUCUACCGGAAGUUUGACCUGGGCCAGGAUGUCAUUGAUUUCACUGGCCACGCCCUGGCGCUCUACCGCACUGAUGACUACCUGGACCAGCCCUGUCUUGAGACCAUUAACCGCAUCAAGUUGUACAGCGAGUCCCUGGCUCGGUAUGGCAAGAGCCCGUAUUUAUACCCACUCUAUGGCCUGGGUGAGCUGCCCCAGGGCUUUGCAAGAUUGAGUGCCAUCUACGGGGGGACAUAUAUGCUGAACAAGCCUGUGGAUGACAUCAUCAUGGAGAAUGGCAAGGUGGUGGGCGUGAAGUCUGAGGGAGAGGUGGCCCGCUGCAAGCAGCUAAUCUGUGACCCCAGCUACAUCCCAGACCGUGUGCAGAAGGCUGGCCAGGUUAUCCGCAUCAUCUGUAUCCUUAGCCACCCCAUCAAGAAUACCAACGAUGCCAACUCCUGCCAAAUCAUCAUCCCUCAGAACCAGGUCAACAGGAAGUCAGAUAUCUACGUGUGCAUGAUCUCCUAUGCACACAACGUGGCUGCGCAGGGCAAGUACAUCGCCAUCGCCAGCACCACGGUGGAGACCACGGAGCCCGAGAAGGAGGUGGAGCCGGCCCUGGAGCUGCUGGAGCCUAUUGACCAGAAGUUUGUGGCUAUCAGUGACUUGUACGUGCCCAUUGAUGACGGUUCCGAGAGCCAGGUGUUCUGCUCGUGCUCCUAUGAUGCCACCACACACUUUGAGACAACCUGCAAUGACAUCAAAGACAUCUACAAACGGAUGGCUGGCUCCGCCUUUGACUUUGAGAACAUGAAGCGCAAACAGAAUGACGUCUUCGGAGAGGCUGACCAGUGAUUGCUGCCCCCGCCCCAGCCCCUGCCGCCCUCCUCCCACCUGUGUCUCUUCUGCUCAAGGGCUGGGGAGAUGUGUGGCUGGACACCCGUUCCCAGCCUCUUCUGCUUCCCCACCACAUUCCCAUCACCACCUCAUUGAUUCACUGACCAAAUCCUUAACCUUAGCGAUGGUUUGGGAGAUGGGGGGGGGUUGGUUAGCAUCCUCUUUCUUGGCCCUUCCUUAUCCUAGGAAAAGAGGGUUCCUCUCCUUGUGUGUGUCUCUUCCCCCCACCCUUAAUUCUUCUGCUCUGUUUGGAAAGGAUGUGGAAGAAAAGCUGACUUCUGCCCCCACCGCUCUUACCCCCACUGUAGUGGCCUUUGGAGAUGCCCCCUGCCUCCCCCCACCAACUCUCUUGCGUGUUGGAGAGAAGGGGCCCUCCCAGCACAAAGUUGCAUUCCUCCCCCUAAUUUAUUCUAAUUUAUUAACUUAGGCCCACCCCGUCUGAGCCCACAGCCUUCAGGUGCGGCCUGGGGGCUGUAGAGUGAGCUGCCCUGCCCCUCCCAGCCCUGGCCCAGCCUGGGGAGGAGAGAAGGCUUGGGUGUGGCCCCAUUGGAGGUUGCUCUUGCUGUUUUGCUUCUGUCUUUGUGUUUGUGUUCUGUGGUACUGGCUGAGAGGGAAAAGAAGUGUGAGCAUAGCAGAAGGAGGUGGGAAAUGGAUCCCGACCCAGCGUGCCCCGCCCCAUGCCUUUCCUUUAGUGGUGGGAAACCCUUAUCUCGCAAAGUGAAUGUGUCCCCUUCCUAAACCUCUAGUGUGUUUCACAGACAACAAAACCUCUCAAUAAAACUGUUGAAACUGAA